GAACGGCCCCGAGGGAGUGUCGGCCGGCCCCUGCCCAGGCUGGAAGCGGCCGCCGCGGGAACCGGCAGGCCCGGCCGCCGGCCCACGCACGCCCCCCGGGGCAGCACGCCGGGCGGGGCCGGGCGGCGCGAAGGGGGCCCCACACCGGCCGGCCGGGAGCAGCGCGGCCCCGGGUGAGCCUGCCCAGCGGAUGGCGGCCCGGGGCUCGGCGACGGCGGCCGGGGGCGGUGAACCUGGCUAGGCCCAGCCCGGCGCGGCAGAGCGGAGCGGCGGGGCUGAGCCCCGGGGCAGGCACACCCUCGGCUCCCCCUGCCGCGAGCCCGCCGGGGCGGGGAGGCAGCCAGGGCGGGCCGGGACUGCCGGCAAUGGCCCCCGCCCCCACAGGAGGUACGGGCGGCCGGGGGCGGCCGCAGCCCCGGCGCCGUGAGGAGGCGUCAGGCGUGGGAACUCCGCUCGCUCCCGGUCCUGGGUCCGUAUAAAUGGGGGGCGGCGGCAGCGGCGGCAGCGCUUCGCCCAGACGGAGCCAGAGCCGGCGGCAGCACCGGCGGCAGCACCGGCGGCAGCACCGGCGGCAGCACCGGCGGCAGCACCGGCGGCAACGGCACGAUGGGCGGCGGCGGCACGAUGGGCGGCGGCGGCCCGCGGCGGCCCGGGGUGCUGCCUCUGCUGGCGCUGGCGCUGCUGGCGGCGCAGGGCGGCGCGGCUCCCCUCCAGCCCGGCGGCUCCCCCGUGCUCCCCAAGAUCUACCCCCGCGGCAGCCACUGGGCUGUGGGACAUUUAAUGGGGAAAAAGAGUGCUGGAGAUUUUCCUUAUGUUUAUGAAGAAGAAAACAAGACACCGUUUUUGGCAUUACGUGAAAAUAUCAAGCAGCUGGAAGACUAUCUGCAGUGGGAAGAAAUCUCAAAAUAUUUGCUGCGGCUGCUGGAAGGGAAUGAAAAUAGAAGUGCUGACUUUUUGAAAGGAGGGCUUCCCUGGUAUAACAGGAACACCUGGGAGACAGAUGACAAUAGCAGUUGGAAAGAUAUGAUGGACCAUCUGCUUCAAGUUGGGAAUAUGAAAAAGAGCACUCCAAGCUGAAAGGUCGUCUCUAAACUAAAUCAUGAAGAAACGGAAUACUUUCCCUAAGAGACUGCAUUUCACAAGCACUUGAUUGUAUCAGAUAAUCAACAAGGUCUCUUUUCUGUAGACAAGAUUUCCUUUGUGUAAAAUACCUAAAUAUAUGUAUUCUUGUAUGUUUCAGCAGUGACUAAACUCUACUUCACUUUCAAGGUUGCAUUUUCUCACUUGAAUGGCUUUAAUAUAUAUAUAUAGAUAGAUAGAUACAAAAUUGUCAUGGAAGGGUCUUCCAAUCAAUUACAUGACUUACCUAUCUAAUCAGUUCAUCUCAUAG